GCACCUAUUUUCAAAAUAACCGGAAAUAGCAGUGAAUGCGGAAGACGAAAGAUGGAGGCGGCUGUGUUCAUUCUGUCGCUGGUCGACUGCUGUGCUUUGAUUUUUCUGGCGGUGUACUUCAUAAUUACCCUCUCCGAUCUAGAGUGUGACUACAUCAAUGCACGAGCCUGCUGUUCGAAGUUAAACCGAUGGGUUGUACCAGAGCUGGUAGGCCAGGCCCUGGCAACAGUGCUGAUGCUUGUCUCCCUUCACUGGUUUGUCUUCCUACUCAACCUGCCUGUGGCCGCCUGGAACAUGUACAGGGUUUGGAAGGUGCCCAUGGGAAACAUGGGGGUGUUUGACCCCACUGAGAUCCACAACCGGGGACAACUAAAGUCUCACAUGAAAGAGUCCAUGAUCAAACUCGGCUUCCACCUGCUCUGCUUCUUCAUCUACCUGUACAGCAUGAUCCUGGCACUGAUCAACGAUUGAGACCCCCAUGGCCGUUUUAAUCCAUUUGGCCAAAUCACAAACUAAUCAGUAUGUGGUGUUCAAUAUGUCCUGGUCCUCAGUCCUCUGCUCAGCUGGAGUCGCAUGACCUUACCCCCCCCCCCCCCAUUCCUUCUGUGUUCUCAUAACUGCCCUGGAAUUGUGUGUGUGCUCGCUUGUGCACGUGGGUAUGUGUGUGUUCUUUCGUUCAGCCUGUGUCCAACAAUGCUGUCCAUGCACUGCUCCUCUGGGCAGAUGGAAAACAUGACAAUCGUACAGGCUAGAUGGUGCAUACGAUUUAGCAUUUACAGCCAAGAGCCAAUCACAACAGCUAGCACAUCCUCUUGCAGCCUGCCGAACAUCAUCUUUGAUUUGUCAUAUUUAUUUUGUUGUCUCUUGUCAACAUGCUGGAAAAUCCUUGAAUUGAAUAUCCUUAGCAGAAUACUAACCUGUGUUUUGGCAAAUCUAUUUCUAUUAUAUUUUCUUGCAGAGUCUCUUAUUAACAUCAAUAAGUUAUAGAUCUGACAUCCCCUGACUGCUGAAAGGUGCACAUUUGAUUGGUAUUAUAAAACAAAGUGUUCUCAGGGGGAAUACAUGCACCUGGAUUGGAAAAUGUUUUUCAACCCUAUUUUAUCACUCUUACUGUGUAUCAAUGGGCAAUAUAACCUUGGGCUCGAAUCAAUCCGUAGCGCUGAAGAGCUGCGCUGUAGCGCAAUUUCAUUUAAGGUAAUUUCCAAUUGAGCUGACAUGCAGCAUUUAUCAUGAAUGCAGUCUCCGCGAACAUUGCCUUUACAUUUGUAUCGCGCUUCAGAUUGAAUCAAACCCCUUGUCUGUAUGAUAGUUGUAUUACAUGUCACUAUGUAUGACAGAAGCACAUUUAUUACACAUCACUAUGUAUGUCAAUGUGAACAUUUUAUUUGUGCUGUUUGAGAAUGACCAUGUUCCAGCCAAAUGUACUCCAUGGGGAAGGGCGCGUGUUCCGAUUGUUUAAAUCAAACUAAAAUGACUCAAGUUUUAUUUUUGCUUUUGAAAAUUAUUUGUGGGGUUUCUUAAAUAAAUAAACUUGAAAGAUAA